AUGUCUUUUGUCUCUCGAGGGGCGAGAGCUGCAGCUCGUCCCUUGAGGCGUGCUAUCCAGCAACGUCCGCAACGAAGAUUUGCUGGACACGAAGCUGGCCACGGUCAUGGAGAUGCACAUCAUCAUUCUGGGGAGAGCGCUCUCCACGUCGCGGGUGGAUCGGGACAUGAAGGAUUCGGCAGGGGAUUCUACAUUGCCAUUGGCUCCGUACCUUUUGCGAUACUCGUCUACUCGAUCGCCAGCUCCCCCGGAGACAAUGCCCUGACCCGUCUUGUGCGGCAAUAUGAUGCUGGCAGAGAGGUGCUGUUGAGAAAAGAUGCGAUACAUACAACCAUGAUGGAGCAGGCCGCGGCAGACAGACAAUUGUUCGCUGCAACGCCGACAGAUCCUGCCGGCCCUCCUCUUCGACUUCCAGAAUCUUUCAACUUCGGUUCACCCUGGAACGUGUCUGCUGGACAAGGCACCGCAGAUCUCUCUGCAUUGGCAAAGUACUAUGAGGGGAGGCAUAAAGAAGUGGAACAAGAGAGGGUAGAGAGGCUGAAGAAACAGAAGGGUUCCGUUUACGAUGUGUAA